GCCCUGGACAGCGGUUCCCUGCUGACCUUCUCGGUGAGCCUGCCGCGCGGGGCCGCCCCCGCAGCCGCGGCGCCGGGCGAGGAGGCCGCCGUGGCCGCGGCCACGCACGCAGGCGUUGCCGAGUUCACGGCGGAAGAGGGCACCGUGGGCGUGCCGCCCCGGGUGGCGCUAUGCCUCACCAAGGGCGCCGGCCUGGGCUCCCUGGCGGCGGUGGCGCAGGUGGAGGUGCGCUACGCCAGGCUGCCCCGCAGCCGCAAGAGCCGCGUCGCCUUCCAGCCGCGCGGUCAGGGCUUCCACGUGGGCGGCGCGUCGGCUUUCAGGAUCGACCUGGAGCACGUGCUGCAGGAGUCGUUGCGUGGGCACACUGCGCUGAGCGAGGGUGACUGGUUGCCCAUCCGGCAUGAGGGUGUCACCUACGAGUUGGUGGUAAAGACAUUGGAGCCGGAACCACAGCUGGCGCUGCUGGACACCGACCUCACAGUAGAGGUGUUGCCCAGCGAGCACACGGAGGCGGAGCUGAGAGCUGAGGAGGAGAGGCGCCUCCGCGAGGAGGAGGCCGCCCGGGAGGCGGAGGAGCGCGAGAGGCGGCGCCUGGAGGCGGCGCGGCUGAAGGCCCUGGCGCUCGGGCCCGAGCCGGAGCCGGGCCCGGAGGUGGUGCAGCUGCUGCUGCGGCUGCCGGACGGCGGGCGCCUGUCGCGCCGCUUCGCGCGAGGCGAUCGGCUCCAGCGCAUCCUUGACUGGGUCGAGUCGGAGCCUUCCUCGCGCGUCCGCGACGGGGAGUUCCGGGUGGUCCAGAAGUGGCCCGGACAUUGCCGAGAGCUUGGUGCAGCAGAGGCGUCGGAGACGCUCAGCGCGCUCAAGUUUGCGCGGCAGGAGGCCCUCUUCUUGCAGCACCUGGCCGACGAGGCGAUGCCAGACGCUGCGGCCGCGACAGAGGCGGCGCCCGCCGCGGCCGACGGGCCGUCCGAGGGCUCCCUCGCGGCCGCGGCGUGGGCGGCCAGGGCCGCCGCGCCGCCGCAGCUGGACGGUCAGGGCGCUGGUGAUUGGUCCGCCGCUGAGGAGAGGGCUCACCAG